AUGUAUCAAUACAAGCCGUUAACUGAACAUGAUUCGAUUCGACUUUUAUUUCUACCACCUUCCGCUGAUAGCGCCGCCGAUGUCCAUUGCACUUUACUUACAACCACAUUAAGCAAAUUGGAAAACGAUCCGUUUCAUGUAUAUACAGCCCUAUCUUAUGUUUGGGGUGAUCCGGAAAAGAAGAAAGUGAUAUACAUCGAUAACGAGAUUAUUGGGAUCACGACUAACCUGGAUUCCGCCCUGCGUGAGAUUCGUGACCCUUUGAGGGAACAAUAUUUAUGGAUAGACGCAAUUUGCAUCGACCAGGCGAAUUCUCCCGAGAAAAGUAAGCAAGUGAUGCAAAUGGCAAAGGUUUAUCAGAUCGCUCGAAACACGAUUAUUUAUCUUGGUGAGUCUACCGAAUCAUCAACACUGCUUCUGGGAGCAAUUUCACGUGCCUACAAACAGAAGGCAGGAUAUAUAAGGGCAAGGGCAAGACAAAUGUUAAAUUUUUUGUUCAAUGACAUCGCUACUUAUACGAAAGAGCAUUAUGAAAAGUUGGAGAAACUCUUCUUAGAACUAUUGGAGCGACCUUGGUUCACAAGAGUCUGGGUUUUUCAAGAGUUGCUCUUUUCAGUGGACCCAUGGGUGCAGUGCGGACGACAGCAUGUCAGUUGGGGACACCUCUACCAGGCUACUGAAGCGAUAGCAGUCGCAGGCUUCGCUGCCUUCCAGAAAUCGGAGGCAUACCGUGUAUUCGCUGCGAUGAAUAAAGAACGAAGCAAUUUCAAGUCAGCUAGAAGACCCUCCAAGAUUUUGGCAGAGAAUUUGAUCAAUCUUUUGACGGCCAGAAGAGGACUGGGAGUUUCUGAUCCUCGCGAUAUGGUCUUAGAUUUUAUCAUAUAA